AUCAAAAUUAAAAUAAUUAUCCAAAUAUAAAAAUUCAUUGAGCUAAUUUGGAAGAGAGAUUAAUCGGAGAGAUAUUCAUAAUAUUUGUGAAGGAGAAAGAAAAUCGCGCGAUUAAUUUUUUUUUUUAAUAUCGAAAUUAUUGAGUUUUCACGAUGACGAAUACGAGUGACAACGCAAUCGCCGCGGAUUCUUCGAAAAAAUCCGUGGACCUCGCGAAGAAGGAACUGCGCACGAUAUUGGGAAAAAUAGAUGACUUGAGACUUCCAACUAAAGCUUGCCGGCUGCUUCGCGCCCGUGCGCGAUUAAGACCGACAAAACCGAUGAAACUUGGCGCGAGGCACCUGUGGAUCUUGCUGAUCGCCACGUGGAUGACGAUGCAAGUCGCGCGAAAUCGCGUGCAAACCUAUCGAUAUAAUAAGUGCUUGAUAAUGGCGCCCUCGUUUACGCAAAAAGUUUUCCGACCGCCAGAAGACUGUUCGAUCUGCCAGGACGUUCAACAGGUUGACAAACUCUCCGCUGUUGAUCCAACGAGCUUUGAACAACGCUACGCGUAUUCGGGGAAGCCCGUGGUAAUAAGCGACGCGAUGGUAAAUUGGACGGCGCCUAAAGUAUUUUCCUUCUCGUUUUUCAAAACGCUCUAUCACGGGGAGGAAGCAAAUUGCCAGUUUUUCCCGUACAAGACGGAAUUUCGGAGUCUGCAGGACGUCUUCGACAUGAGCGCCAGUCGAGCGACGAUGGAAAAGGGCACGAAGCCCUGGUACGUCGGAUGGAGCAAUUGCGACGAGAAAAUCGGCGCAAUAUUGAGGCAGCAUUAUCAGAAGCCAUAUUUCCUUCCCUCCACCGCCGAAAGCGAGAAAACGGAUUGGAUUUUUAUGGGAAGCCAUGGCUACGGCGCACCGAUGCAUGUGGACGACGUGGAGCAUCCCUCCUGGCAGGCGCAGAUAAAGGGUGAAAAAUUGUGGAUUUUGGAGCCGCCGAGAGAAUGUCACUACACAUGCAAGAGGCUGGAAGUGAUUGUGCAUCCCGGGGAGAUAAUCGUUUUGGAUACGAAUCGAUGGUAUCACCAAACGAAAAUCGUUUCCGAAGAAAUGAGCAUUACCAUCGGAGCUGAAUAUGAUUAAAGCAAGUAAAGCUCCGAAGCUAAUAUAAUUAUAUGAUAUAUUCAUUUAUUAUGCAGCAAGAAAUUGAUAAAUAAUUUGCUAUGAAAAUAAGCUCCCGUGUGUAAAUGUUGAGAAUAAUAAAAUGUAAUGUGUGAUAAGAAUAAA